CGUAGCGUUGGUACAAAAUCUUACAUAAACUGAGAUCAUGUAUGUGUGCUUGAACUCAAAAUCAAUGUACUAAGUGCCGCCUCUUCUUACGUAGUAUAUUACUUACUCUAUGGUCUAGACACUGAAGUCUGAGUCUUGAAUGGAAGGCAGUGAAGUAGAAAGAAAUAUAACAACGACGUUAGACAGUGAACGAAAAACGUUCACUGCGCUAUCGCGACAGUUUUUUUUUUAAUAUGUGUGUUGUCAUGAGAUUCUAUUGAGAAUAAAACACUUUGUACUUAGCAAGGCGGUAGGCUAUGACAAAUUAUGACUCCUGCACAAGAGCUAGAAGAGGAAUUAAAAAAUGUUGAUACCGAACUCGGUGUAGUGGAGUCCGAAAUUGUAAAACUAAAGAGUCGUCAACGCAUGCUGCAUGAAAAGAAAAAUUCAUUGAAGCAUGCUAUUAACAAACUGAAAUCUGAUAAAUUGGCUGAAGUUGAUUGGGAAGGCACUAACUAUACAUGGUCAAAUGAUGUAAAGGAUAUUUUACAAAUAGUAUUUCAGUUAGAGUCAUUUCGACCCAAACAAUUAAGUGUCAUAAAUGCAACAUUAUCAGGCCAACAUGUUAUUGCUGUUAUGCCUACUGGAGCAGGGAAAAGUCUAUGCUAUCAACUGCCUGCUAUGGUUCAGGGGGGAUUGACCAUUGUUGUGAGUCCUCUCGUGUCCCUCAUUGAGGACCAAGUCCGCUCACUUACUUCAAAACAGAUUGCUGUAAAAUAUAUCACAAGUACCACUCCUAAAGAACAAAUAACAGAAAUUUUACACACAAUUAGUGAUAAACAUUGCAAUAUGAAGCUUCUAUAUGUUACUCCAGAGCGCUUUGCUAAGAGCAAAAGAUUUAUGGCCAAUUUACAAAAAUGUUAUGCUAAUGGCAGAUUGCAAAGAAUUGCAAUAGAUGAAGUUCAUUGCUGUUCACAAUGGGGUCAUGAUUUUCGACCUGAUUACAAAUAUCUGGGCAUUUUAUCAGGUAUGUUCCAAAAAACUCCAAUCCUGGGUUUGACUGCAACAGCCACUGCUCAUGUUUUGUCAGAUGUUCAAAAAAUGCUCAGUAUCCCCGGCAGUCUGGUUAUAAAAUCCACAUUUAACCGCCCUAAUUUAUAUUAUAAAAUAAUAAAGAAACCCACAUCACAGGAUGAAUGUAUAUCAAUAAUAGAAAAUUUGUUAAAGCACCGUUACAGAGGAGAAACUGGAAUAAUUUAUACUAAUAGUAUAAAAGAUUCUGAGGAUAUAGCAAUAGAGUUAACUAAAAGAGGAUUAAAAGUGGGUUGUUACCAUGCUAAUUUAGAUGCAAAUGAUAGAACUAAAGUUCACACCAAGUGGCAUGAAAAAAAAUACCAAGCCUUAGCAGCAACAGUUGCAUUUGGAAUGGGCAUAGACAAACCAGAUGUUAGGUUUGUCAUUCACCACACUAUAAGCAAAACUAUGGAGAAUUAUUAUCAAGAAAGUGGAAGAGCUGGCAGAGAUGGCAACCAUGCAGAGUGCGUUACUAUGUAUCGUAUGCAGGACAUUUUCAAAGUUAGCUCAAUGGUGUUUAGUUCAAUAGGUAAUUUGGACCAUUUAUAUGGCAUGGUCAAGUACUGUCUCAAUGGUGCAACAUGCAGGAGACAACUCAUUGCUGAGCAUUUUGAUGAGGACUGGGGUGACACAGACUGCAAUAAAAUGUGUGAUAUUUGUAGUGAUGAACAAAGUGAAAUAGAAGAAAUUGAUUUACAAUGGCAUUGUAAAACUCUGGUAUCUAUUAUAGAAAUUGCAGAAAAUCAAGACACAAAGCUUACAGCAAAUAAAUUAUUAGAUGCAUGGUUUUUAAAAGGACCUGUGGCACUCAGACAUAAAGGAAAGUUACCAAAGUUAUCCCGUGAAGUGGCAGAGGAUGUCCUUGCAUUCUUAUUAGUGGAAAAUUACCUUGUUGAAGACUUUCAUUUUACAUCAUACACUACAAUAAGUUAUAUUAAAAAAGGCCCAUGUAUGGAUUCAAUUCAUGAUACAAAUUUUUCUUUGAAAAUGCCAAUAAGAAAAUAUACACCACUUUCUCAGAAUAAUAAAAAAGAAACAAGUAGAGAGAUGGCUCAUCAAGUAAAAUCAUUCAAGAAAAGGAAAACUACAUUUGAAGCAGAAUCUGAGGCCAAAGUUUCAAAAAUUGUAGUAAUUGAUUAAUUACAUAUUAAUGAACACAGUACCUAUAAUAAUGAAUUUAAUUUCUGUUACUCUACUCAAUUGCAGGAAGCAUGAUCUCUCCAUUAACACUUGUUCAAUGGAGUCCAAAAAAACACUACAAGUACUAAGCAAAUGAAUGGAAAUUUACUUACAACUUAAAACACUGUGUGCAUGUAAAUGCUAACAAAACCAUGAUUGAUAAUAAUUGUACUAGUUCUCAUAAAUAAUAACAAUCUUCCAAUAUUUUUAUUUUUUAAAGAAUGUAUAGACUGGUUAAAAUAAAAAAUAUUUUUAAUUGAU